CACAUUUAACUCAAAACUCAAAUUCACAAAAUUGAUCAAAAAUUGUUGAAAUGUGCGAAACCCUAAAAUCAAAGUACCAACUCACCGAAGAAAUCGGUCGCGGCCGUUUCGGCACCAUCUUCCGGUGCUUCCACCCUAACUCCGCCGUACCUUACGCCUGCAAAGUGAUCGACAAAUCUCUCCUCUCAGAUUCAACCGAUCGUGAGUGUCUUGAAAACGAACCAAAAUUUCUUUCUCUUCUUUCACCUCACCCUAACGUUCUUCAAAUCUUGGAUGUUUUCGAAAACGACGAUUUCUUAUCAAUCGUUUUAGAGCUUUGUCAACCGUUAACUCUUCUCGAUCGUAUCGUUUCUAAUCCUUUCUCUGAACAACAAGCUUCUUCUCUCAUCAAGAAGCUUCUAGAAGCCGUUGUUCACUGUCACCGUCUCGGUGUCGCUCACCGUGAUAUUAAACCGGACAACAUUCUCUUCGAUGCUGAUGAUAAUCUUAAAUUAGCUGAUUUCGGUUCGGCUGAAUGGUUCGGCGACGGAAGAACGAUGAACGGAGUUGUUGGAACGCCGUAUUACGUUGCUCCGGAGGUUCUUUUAGGAAGAGAUUAUACAGAGAAAGUUGAUGUGUGGAGCUGUGGUGUGAUACUGUAUAUAAUGUUGAGCGGGAUUCCGCCUUUUUACGGUGAUUCUGCGUCUGAGAUUUUUGAGGCGGUUAUUAGAGGGAAUCUCAGAUUUCCUUCUAGAAUCUUCCGUUCUGUUUCUUCUGGUGCUAAAGAUCUGUUGAGAAAGAUGAUUUGUAGAGAUGAUUCUAGAAGAUUUUCUGCAGAACAAGCCUUGAGACACCCUUGGAUAGUGAGUGGAGGUGAAACAACAAAUCAGAAUUGAAAGAAGAUGUAGAAAGUAUGGCUACCGGAGGCAGAGGAAACAGAGCAUACGAUAGUGUAAAUUCCGAUGAAGCGAUGCGAGUAGUUUUUUUUUUUUUGUUACUUUUUUAAGAAGAGUAUUUCUUCGGUUUAGGAAUCGAAGAAGACUCUGUAGAUGAGUUUGUUUAGUUGAGAGAAUCUUCAGGGAUUUUUAAUUUUCUAUCUGAAGAAUCAAACUUUUUUUUUGUUGAAUAAAAUGAUGUAGAUCUGGGUUACUUUUUUGUAUAAUAGUACUAUGGUAUCAUAAUUUUGAAUGAUAAGUGCUUUUAAUAUUUUA